AUGCAGCUGACAGCGGUCGUUACCCUUUCAACCUCUCUGUUAGCAGGCCAUGUCUGGGCACUGCACGCGGACCCCUUAAACCCAGUGGGCAUCCACAACCCAAACCUCUUCAACAAGCACGCCUCAGCAAAUCACGGCCCAGCAGCCGACGGUCCUGCCGCCAACCGCGAGAUCCCAGCCUACAUGGCGCCUCUGGUUUCUUCAAUGGCCUCUGAGAUGGCCCUGUCAAUGAUGCACAAGCCCUCCUCAACACAGGUGCAGGCAUCGAUGUCCCACGCCCCGGUAGCAUGGUCCAACGCCCCGUUGGCACCACAUCCUAAUCUGCCGAUAUACUCCGACGUCCCCAUGUACUCUCAGGGUUCAAUGUAUGCCAGUCUCUCCAUGUCUGCUUCGGCCAUGUCAACGCCUUAUGCCAUGCCCUCGCAGGCUCCGUACUCGGACAUGUACAACUUGCCCAUGAGCUCAAUGGUCACAAUGGCCUCUUCAACCCCGAUCAGUUCCAUGGCCAAGGCUUCCCCCGCCGCUUCGCAGGCUUUGAGCCACUUCAAUCAGCCUCAGCGUCCGGCUUUCCACCCCGCCCAGGCUCAGGCGCCUGGUCUGGGCGGUAUCGCGCCUAUUGCUCCUUUGGCGCCGGGUUCUAAUAUUGCACCUGUGCAGCUGAACUCCAAUUACGGCUCUGAUGAGGGAAAUGCCUUCUGUUUGGGUCAGUGCUAUUCUAGUGAGGAGGAGGCGCAGUGUGAGAUGCCUACGACGAAGCCGGUUUACAGGUCUGGCCUGGGAUGUUACAUUUGCUGCUUCACUGCGGGUGACUUUUAA